CAGUCAGUUUAACAUCAACUUGUUGCACCUACUUUCAAAAAGUUAAUAUUUUACCUGUUUAUGUGAGAAAGUGAACAUGUUAUCUAAUUAGCAUGUUAAAGCAUUGGCGUUUAAACUGUGUUAUCUAAUUUACCGUUACAAUCGGUACAGGGAAGCGGAAUGUGUGUUGUUUUCGAUAGCAAAAUUCGUUACAACUUCGAUGCACCUGCAGUGCAUUAUGCAGAUACGUCGGGCGUUAAUUAACGCACGAUCCAACAAUGUAUUGAGUUGAGUGCAUUGUUACUAUGACACGACUAAGCGAAUAAUUUAAGUAAAAUCAGUUACGCUAACUACGUGGAACUGUGUGUAUCAUGAUAAACUAAAAAAUAAACUACCUGACAGACCGAAGAGUCAUCAGAUCACAAAAUGACUCAUAAGUGAGAAGCAGUAUACAUUUUUUGUUUAGUUUUUGUGGAAUGUUGCCUCUUUCAAUGAGUAUAGCUCAAAGUAUGCGAGGCACUUGGCGGGAAUAGUUGUAAAUAAGUGUCUUCUCUUAAAAUGUUCGUAGUUUAUUUGGAAUAGUGCAAUGGCUCAAAGUUCAGUGGAUUCAGAUAGACUAUCUUCGGCUGGUAUUUCUACUCAUAGUUCAGGAACAGCAGGGACAGUUGGAGGAUCUGUAGUUGGUGUAAGAGUUGGUGAUCCAAACCACAAGAGAGAAGAUGAGGAUGAUUAUAAUUUGGGUCCAUUACCUCCAAUGUGGGAAAAAGCAUUCACCCCAUCAGGAGAAAGAUAUUUCAUAGACUACAAUACAGGGACAUCACAUUGGCUGGAUCCAAGACUAGCGAGAGUUAGAAAGCAUUCUCUCGGUGAAUGUGGUGAAGAUGAAUUGCCAUAUGGAUGGGAACGGGUCACAGAUGAACGGUAUGGCUCUUACUAUGUGGACCACAUCAAUAGGCGCACUCAAUACGAGAAUCCUGUUCUACAGGCUCGUAGACUCAGAGCUGAAAAAAUGGCUGCAGAAAACGGCAAUAAUAAUCAAGUGAACGGUCCUCCCACCACUGGAGAGCUGAGAGGCGAGAGAUUCACUUUAAAUCUAACUAAAGGCCCACAGGGUUUGGGAUUCACUUUGAUUGGAGCUGAAGGAAUACCGGAGACAGAAGGAUAUUUGCAAAUCCGCAGUAUAGUACCUCAUAGUCCGGCCUGGAUCGAUGGCGCUCUUCGCCCUGGCGAUGUUGUGGUGGGGGUGGGGCAGAGGGCCGUUCGAGGCUUGUCGCACGCGCAGGUCGCUCAGAUCUUCCAAUCCAUUACACCAGGCACUGAAGUCACUUUACAUCUUGUGCGAGGCUAUCCUCUCUCUUUCGACUCGGAAGACCCGAACACGCGCGUGCUGAGCACUCUGGCGGUGGACGCGACGACGCCCGCCACCCCCGACGCCGUGGCCAUGCAGCAACUCACGAGAGCCUUGCGGACUAGAUUCAACCUUGACUCACCCAAUCACGUUGACACAUCACAAGGUCGAGAUGAAACAGAUAACUCCCCUGACACUCCUCAUAGCCCCAAUCAACGGAGACUAAUGUCGAGAUCAUUUGAUCUAGAUGAAAUAGGAACGACCAAUGAAAACAAGGUGCCUCCGAGGUGCCCAUCUGCAGACCAUCUACUUUCUUUAGCUAGCGAUCAUCCACAUCGCAACAAUAAUGGUAUUGCAAGUGAGCCGGGUCGGGAGCUCGUCCUCACAUUACGCAGAGGCGCUGCGGGAUUUGGCUUCACCAUAGCAGACAGUGUACACGGACAGAAAGUCAAAAAGGUCUUAGAUCGUAGUCGAUGCGCUGGGCUGCGGGAGGGCGACCUUCUGUUGCAAAUUGGAGAAACAGAUGUUAGACAUGCGCCCCACCAACACGUCGUACAAGUGCUGAAGGAGUGCCCCGCGCUGUCGGAGAGCACGCUGCGCGUGUGGCGCCGCAGCGCGCGCGCGCCGCGCAGCCGCUCCGCCACGCGCGCCGCGACCGUGACUACAAACAACAAUAUGCAGUUGGGUCGAAGUAAAACUCCAACGGCUGAGCAGCUGAGGUCUGCGCCCAUACGUACGCCGGAUAACGAGCUCCGAGAGAGACAGAACGGAAUGAAUUCAGUGGAAGCAACAUAUGCGGUUCCCGAAGCGAAAAACCGCGAAACUCGUGAAAGUAUAAUGGAAAGGCGACGCAGAAGCAGCACUCCCGGAGCGAGGCUCACCCUACCCGUGGUCACGCACUGGAACGACAACCAGGACAACCAAUGGCAGCAACAGCCCUGGCUAGACAACUCCAACAAUGUCAGGAACUGGGCUGAGACUCAGAAAUGGGAUGAAACGGGCCAGAAAUGGGAUGGAAAUAAUACAGAAUAUAUUGGUAGGAUCGAAGGUCCGAGCAAUGGUUGGGAGCGAGGGGAAAGGUGGAAUAACAACUGGGGGGAAGUCCCCACUCCCACCGUGCACGUUGAUAUGAAUGCCGCAUACUGGAGAGGGAACGCCAGUGUCGCGGAUAGUAGCGAUAAUGGAGGUUUUCCAGAAGAUGGUAUGCUUCAUUCUCCAAGUACCGCGGCUGUCGGUGGACUAUCUAGACAAUCGCCUUCGACCAGCAGAAACAGACCGCAUUCGCCCUCUAAUUCGAACGGUCGCAUGAGAAGUCACUCGCCGUCAAACAACAGCGCCUCAGAGCGUCUCCUCGCCAAUUCUCCCUCGACACGUCUGCAGAGUCAGUCGCCUUCCAAUAACUCAUCCAACAGCCGGAUAAAAGGAUCGCCGCUUAGAUUGCGCUCCCCAACGCGCUCUCCGUGCUACGCGGAAGAAACGCAGAACGCUCUGUAUGUCGCCAACUACCCGCAGGUAGAAGCAGGUGGCGCGACAGAUCCGGAAGCAGACGUGUUAGUAAGGUUGGCAAGAGGAUCAGCUGGCUUCGGGUUCCGUAUCGUGGGGGGCACAGAGGACGGCAGUCGGGUCGCCGUGGGAUAUGUCGUGCCGGGCGGGCCGGCCGACGGGCUGCUCCGGCCGGGCGACCUGCUGACGUCGGUGGACGGCAUCCCGCUGGCCGGCGCCACGCACGCGCUGGCCGUGGCCUACGUGUGCGAGGCCGCCGCCCGCGGACACGUAACACUCGGUGUGAGACACAACAGAGCUGACAUUCAGCCGCUCGGACUGCCGACCAUACCGGCGCCUCACGCGCACCAACCGCUGCUCGCGACGGAACCGCUGCACCACGUGUCGCCGGCCUCCUACAACAUACUGCACCCGGCGCCGAUGUACCCGCCCGCCGCGCAUAUGUCAAUGUAUGGUGUUCAGUACGACACAAACACAGGAUGGUCUCCGACUCCUUAUGACGUGACAGUCACAAGAAACGAGGGAGAAGGAUUCGGUUUCGUUGUUAUUUCAUCUACCAACAAAGCCACUAGUACCAUAGGCCAGCUGAUCGCCAACUCGCCGGCGGCGCGCUGCGGGCGGCUGCACGUGGGCGACACCAUCGUGGCCAUCAACGGGCAGCCCGUGCGCAGCCUGCCGCACCCCGACGUGGUCGCGCUCAUCAAGCGCUCGGGCGCCGCCGUCACGCUCACCGUCACCCCGCCCGACCCGCGCCACGACUGAGCCCCACUGAGCCCCACUCGCGAUACAUGCAAAAUAAUCUCAAAAUGAAUCUACUUAGACUUCCAAACAAAAAUGAAAAUCUCAUUCCUCAAUGAAGCGAUGUGUUUUACAGGUAUUUGAAUAAUUACUAUAAGCCUAGAUUACUAGAAGUAUUGAAUCUAUAGCUUUAAUUUAAUAUCAAAUUACUAUUUUAAGUAUUAUCUUAGUUGUAGUUAUAAAUUUAGAUAUAGAUAGAUUAUUAUUAAAAAUAUAAUUACAUUUUUUUUGUAGUACUUAGUGCCUCUUCUUCCGAAUAGUUGCCGUCCAAAUUUUUAGCCCUUAAUACCAUUAAAAUACACAAACAUACACUGUUAUUCACUUUCGUUUUAUGAUUAGGACAAAACAAGCGAAAUCACAUUUGAUUAUUAAAACACAUUUUGCUCAAUGUUUUGUAUAAACUUAGAUAUUAGUUAUAUGUGACCUCUACCUUAUGUGUAAUCUAUUUUCUAAAUAGAUUUUUGACGUUCUGUAAAUAUAUUUUAUGAAACAUGUUCAAAUAAUUCUAUGAUCCCACAAUGUUAUAGGGUAUGGAUUUUGGAUAAUAUUUUUAAUAAUGAACAUUUUAGGGUUUUAAUGGUUGUUAAAUGUACUUUUGCAAUAAUAAUAAAAUGUUAAUUUUAAUGAUGAAAUAACAAAACAGGACCAGAAACAGAUGAUUGUUAAGAUUUAAUUGGAAUAUAAAAAAUAUUAAUAUCUGUAAUGAUAUGAAGUUAAUUGAAUUAUUCAAUUAUAAAUUUUCUAUAUAAUUAUUAUAUAUAUUUUAGGAAGUAAAUAAAUUGGAAAUUUGUAAUUUGUUACUAUGACUGACAGAAAUUAAAUAAGUCUUUAAUGGUGUUGUAGUUUUCGUUAGGUGAUGUGGUACCACCGAAAGGAGUGUAAUUUAGAUAAUUUAAUCUGUUAUUUAAGAGUAAAACAGUAAGUGCCUUCAUGUGACUGUCUUGCCUUAAUCCAAUUGUUGUAAAAUGUAUGAAACCCUCUUGUAUAUAACGCCCAAAGAUUGUCUUAUUAUGUAAUCGCUUAAAGUACAUUCCAAUGGCAGGAGAAGUAAUGAUAUACAAACCUUAUAUUUACCAAUAUUAUAAAAUUUGCUUAUAGAUCUGCUAUAUUAUGUACUACAUUCAUUUAUUGAUCUUAUCAAAUCUUUAUUGAUAAUACAGCACUAUUCCAAUCAACUACACUACUGUAAUUAUAUCCACUUUAAUUUUACUUCCAUAACUUCGGUAUUAACUUUGUGGACAGCAUUAACCUUCGAAAUGCAUUUUUUCAAGAAAAAAAUAUGAAUACGAUCGAUUAUUUGAGGUGUCAUCCAGUUAUGUCUCUUCGCUUCAAGUUUUAUUUGUCAUUACUUCUCUCGCCAUUGGAAUCCGCUGUAGAUAAAUAUACUCGUCGAUAAAUUCCAAUGUUUCGGAAGUGUGUUAUAUUGUAAUAUGUUUCGAAUGAUGCUGAAUAGAAUAAAGUUGGGAUUGGGCGUUAAAAAGCAAAUUUACUCAGUAAAUACAUAUAUUUUUAUAACCAUUAAAAUUUAGUU